AAACGAAAAACCCUGCAUCAAAAACACAAACUGUGUGUUCAAUGAUCGUACGGUGAUUUCCAACCACUUUCUGAAAAUAUUCUCACGCUAUUCGUUUCGUUCAAAAGUUAAACAGUAUUCUCCACACUCAUAAUGCACACAAACAGUUCGUCUUCUCCCCUACAAAAUCCUCCCAAUUUGAUCGGAAACAUGCAGUCAUCGGAAACCCCAACAAACCCUUUGAAGAGAAACUUUCAAACCAUGAUAAAUAACCCCCAACAAUCCACACAGUAUGAUUUGGAUGUGUUUAAGGUGGCUAUGGGGCAGAAUACUAUAGCACAUAUUGACACUGGUGGUGGGAUGAUUGCUGUUAUGAUUAUUAAAGAAUUUGCAAAAGAACAAUUAUCUCAGAAGAAAUUGAUCAUCUUUUUAGCCCCAACUCGGAAGCUUGUUGAACAGCAAUGCAAUGUUGUUAGGGAAAACACAGACCUCCGGGUUGACUUUUACCAUGGGAGUAAAGUGUCAACGGUUGACGACGGAAAGAAGGUUGAUGAUUGGGAUGCUCCGGUUUGGGAACACGAAACCGACAAAAAUGACAUAAUGGUUAUGACACCUACGAUUUUGUUGAAUGCGUUGAGGAAUGGGUUUAUAAAGUUUGAAAUGAUAUGUUUAUUGAUUAUUGACGAGUGUCAUCAUGCUAGCGGUAAUCAUCCUUACGCAAGCAUAAUGAAGGAAUUUUAUCUCAAAUCUGUUAACAAGCCAAAGGUUUUCGGCAUGACUGCAUUCCUGGUGAAUAAAAAAGGUACCUCUUCGCCUGGAAAUUGUGAAGCACGUAUAACCAUGCUUGAAAAUAUUUUGGAUUCUCGGGUUUACACAAUACAAAACCGGACCGAUCUACAGGACGUCACGCCAACUGCUUCAGCGAACAAAUCUUUGAAAAUUACCGAAAAAUCACCUUCCAGUGCUGAUGUCACACCAACUGCUUCAGCAAACAAAUCUUUGAAAAUUACCGAAAAAUCACCUUCCGGUGCUGAUGUCACACCGACUGCUUCAGCGAACGAAUCUUUGAAAAUUAGCGAAAAAUCACCUUCCGGUGCUGAUGUCACACCGACUGUUUCGGGGAACAAAUCUUUGAAAGUUACCAAAGAAUCACCUUCUGGUGCAGGAACUACAAAGAGGAAAGAGUUACAUGGGACGAUGCCGAUUCGAGCCGUAUCCGGAACUUGGGGCGAUAACCAUGAUGAUGGUGUGGACUUUUAUGCUUACGGAAUCAGUUUCGUUUGUAGCGUUAAAGAUGUUAAAUAUUCAAGUUUCGUUCUUUUGCUUGAGUCAAAGCUUGACGAUGACGUGGCAAAUCUUGAAAUGAGGUUAUACCUGGUGUCAAAGUUUGUAAAUUGCAAAGUCUCUUCAUGUGCGAAAUUGCAUCUCGAUGCACGACAGGUAGCAAAUGGCAAGUGCUUUCAAGAGCUGUUCUUCAACGGAAUAUACGCGAAGUUUUUUCCAGAAACCGACCCAAAACUGUGGACCCCGUCAUACAUGUACUUACUUUUGCCACUAGAGUCGCUUGAUCCAUUCGAGAUCAAUUGGAAAAUGAUCGACUCAUGCGUAUCCGCAAUCGAAUUCGUCAAGAAAUCGUCUGUUUCAAGUGCCGAGAAACAGAAUGUCGAUUCAAUCAUGACAUAUUCCGAAAACACAAGCAUGAUACAUUUUGCCAACAAGUGUGUUCACAAAGAUGACAUCACAAAUAUGGUCGUUUUCGCAAUUCAUACCGGAAAACUGUACUCUGUUAUUGACAUUCUGCAAGAUCAAACCGCUUGUAGUCCUUUUGACGGAGAUAUUAAAAAAUAUUUAUCGUUUGAAGAUUAUUUUAAAAAGAAGUACAAAAUUGAUCUAGUGUACCCGGAGCAGAACAUGUUGCUGCUAAAGCAAAGUCAUCGAGCGCAUAACCUUCUUGUGGACUUCAACGGCGAAGGUAUUUUGCACGGAAAAAAGAUAAAGGCUGAAAGUUGUAAGGUGAAUACGGACAGACAGAGAUAUAACGCUCGUUUACCGCCUGAACUUUUGGUUACUAUCGAUGCAAGACUUGACGUUGUGAAAUCGUUGUAUUUGCUGCCAUCGUUAAUGCACCGGCUCGAGGCGUUAAUGUUGGCUAGCCAGCUUCGUGAAGAGAUCACUGGCCACAUGACCAACAUACACGUUUCAAGCUCACUGAUUUUGGAGGCAAUCACAACUCUUCGAUGCAACGAAAGCUUUUCAAUGGAGCGAUUGGAGUUGCUUGGUGAUUCGGUGCUCAAGUAUACAGUGAGCUGCGAUCUCUAUCUUCGAUAUCCGAAUAAACACGAAGGACAACUAUCUUCUGCGCGAUCAUCGCAAGUUAGCAAUUCCGCCUUGUAUAACUUGGGAAUCGUCUGUCGGUUACAAAAUUACAUAAGAGAUGUUGCAUUCGAUCCUACCCGUUGGACGGCGCCAGGUCAGCUUCCAUCACGACCCUGCGCGUGUGAUCAUGGUGUCGAGACCAUAGAGGUGCCGAUUGAUACCAAAUACCAUACCGAAGAUCCGAAAAUUUUGACUGGGAAGUGCUGCGAUAUGGGCCACCGAUGGUUAGGUUCCAAGACCGUAUCGGACUGUGUCGAGGCCCUUGUUGGAGCUUACUUUGUGGACGGUGGUUUGACCGGUGCUCUGCACUGUAUGAAAUGGCUCGGUAUAAGUUGCGAGCUUGACUCAUCACGUGUCGAUGAAGCUAUUAAAAUUGCAUCGCUUCAUGUGUACACCCCAAAACUUGACGUGCUUCAAGGUUUGGAGUCAAAGCUCGGUUAUGAGUUUGUGGUCAAAGGUUUGUUAUUGGAAGCUAUAACACACGCAACGGAUCAAAAUCCCGAUCAACGAGUUGGAUACUGUUACCAGAGGUUAGAGUUUCUUGGUGACUCGGUAUUGGACUUGCUCAUUACGUGGUACCUUUUCAACAAGCACAAGGACAUUGACCCCGGAGAACUAACCGACUUACGUUCAGCGUCUGUUAAUAAUGAAAAUUUUGCAUACGCUGCCGUAAGAAGAAAUCUUCACGGGUACCUCCAAUGCCGUUCCGUCACGCUCCAAACACAAAUUUCGGAUUAUGUAAAGUUUGUCGCCACCUCAUCAACCGAUACAAACUCACUCCAGACCAACAAAAGCCCAAAGGCACUUGGUGACCUCGUGGAGAGUAUCGCGGGGGCCGUAUUACUUGAUACGAAACUUAAUCUUGAUGAAGUUUGGAGAAUAUUCGAGCUGUUGUUAACUCCGAUUGUCACACCGGAAAAGCUUGAGCUUCCACCUUUACGGGAAUUAAUCGAAUAUUGCGACUCCAAGGGUUAUUUUAUUAAAGACAAGUGUCGAAGAUUGGGUGAUGGUGUAACAGCGGAAUUAAGUUUGCAGCUUGAAGAUGAUUUGUUGAUUGCAGAGGCUACGAGUCCCACCCGAAAAGUCGCAAGAGGCCAAGCCGCUCUUAAAUUGUUGAGUCAGCUUGAGAAAAAAGGAAUUUUAAGAAAGAAUCAAGGUGAAGAUAAUAGAGAUGGAGAAAUCGGUAAUAAAGACGUUAAAAAAAGCGACACAUCUCGAUCAAAUACCUCCAUUGCUGAUUCGAAAAUGGAGGAAGAAUCAAAUUCGGAAACUGAAAUCCCUGUGAUAAAGUCGAUUAACAAAAAUAAGGGAGGACCAAGAUCUACACUUUUUGAGUUAUGCAGGAAAAUGCAGUGGACAAUGCCUACCUUUACUCACUCAGAAGAAAAAUCAAGAACUCUGAUUGAAAUUGGUGAAGGCGUCGAUAAACGAACAGCAUUUAAUAAGUUCGAGUCUGAAAUAAGUCUGAAUAUUCCUAAUUACGGUAUUAUUAAACUCAUGGGUGAGCCACGAGCAGAUAAGAAGAGUUCAUGCGACUCUGCUGCUCUACUCAUGCUCUAUCAGCUUCAGAGACAGAGAAUGCUCAAAAUUGGAUAGAAAGUCUACAUGUUAUGUGGCUCAGUCAAUGUAAAAAUAAAUUGGGGAAUAAAAAAUAAUCUAGUUAUUUUAAGUGGUCUUUUGUUUUUGUUCUGAAAUUGUAAAAAGACUGCUAUAAGACAUGUUUUAAUUGUGUCAAGGGAUAUAAUAAACUACAAUUAGUAUGCAAAA